CCAAUUGUUUAUAAUAUUUGUGUAGUUGAAUGAAAACAUCUGCGUCAAAUGAAUUUGAUAUAUUAAUUGUUUGUUUAAUAUUUUAUGAAUAAUUGUUACUUUUGAAUAAAUUAAGAAAUAUAUAAAAAAUUUAGUGCAUAAAUAAAAAAUUUGUGACAAAGCAGAAAGGAAAACCACCCAGAAAAUCAGUGUGUGUAAUAGGGUGCAAAUGAAAGCGAGUGAAUAGAGAGAACAAAGAAAAACACUACAAAAACGAGAAAGUACAAAACGAUAAGCUGCGUUUUACACUUUGUAGUGUAGUGUUUGCGAAAAAAUAAAACGUGAAUAUUACUCGUCAGCCAUUUACACUUUUCAAAAUAUUGAAAUUAUUUUAAUUUUCACGUUUCAUACGGCUACAAUUGAAAUACAGCGCCAACAAUAGCACUACAAAGUUAAGGUCGUCGUGCCCAAUAUUUUGUUGUUGUUACGUGCCAGCGCCCAUCAGCAUUCGCUAACUAGUCCUCAAGUUGGACCCUGCUAAUAUAUUACCAUAUACAUAUACUUAGUAGUUGUGGAAAGGUGCUUGUCUGCAAUCAUGGCCAAUACUUUGGAGGAACAACAAAGUUUACGUGAAUGCGAAAAUUACAUUCAGGCGCAUGGUAUUCAACGUGUACUAAAGGAUUGCAUUGUACAACUUUGUGUUAGUCGCCCGGAAAACCCCAUUCAGUUCCUGCGUCAAUAUUUCCAGAAAUUAGAAAAGGAACAAGUAAAGCUUGACGCCCAUAAACAGGUGACGAGUCCAGAUGAUUUCGAAGAUCUCAGUCCAAUGCCACAAACGGCCGCCCCGCCAGUGCGACGACGUGGCGGCAUCUCAGCCGAGCCGGUCACCGAAGAAGACGCCACAAGUUAUGUGAAGAAAGUCGUCCCUAAGGAUUACAAAACAAUGGCCGCGCUCUCCAAGGCGAUCGCCAAAAACGUCCUAUUUUCGCAUUUGGAUGAAAAUGAGCGUUCGGACAUUUUCGACGCCAUGUUUCCAGUUACGCAUUUAAUGGGCGAGAACAUUAUUCAGCAAGGAGACGAGGGUGACAAUUUCUAUGUUAUUGACCACGGCGAGGUUGAGGUAUUUGUGAAUUCCGAAUUGGUUACAACAAUCGGCGAGGGUGGCAGUUUCGGUGAGUUGGCGCUCAUCUAUGGCACACCACGUGCCGCCACUGUGCGAGCUAAAACCGAUGUCAAAUUGUGGGGCAUCGAUCGCGAUUCCUAUCGCCGAAUUCUUAUGGGCUCAACUAUACGCAAAAGGAAAAUGUACGAAGAAUUCUUAUCGCGUGUGUCAAUUUUGGAGAGUCUUGAUAAAUGGGAACGUCUUACUGUGGCUGACGCAUUGGAACCAGUGUCAUUCGAAGAUGGCGAAACAAUUGUCAAACAAGGUGAACCAGGCGAUGACUUUUACAUUAUUUUAGAUGGUACCGCGGUUGUACUCCAACGAAGAGCCGAGCAAGGAGAUGAACCCGCUGAAGUUGGUCGUUUGGGUCCGAGUGACUACUUUGGUGAGAUCGCUUUGUUAUUGGAUCGUCCCAGAGCCGCCACUGUGGUAGCAAGAGGACCACUAAAAUGUGUUAAAUUGGAUAGAGCGAGAUUUGAGCGCGUCCUUGGUCUCUGCGCCGAUAUUUUGAAGCGUAACAUCACGCAAUACAACAGCUUCGUUUCGCUGUCUGUUUAAAGCAGCAGUUCAACAUUGAAGAGACUCCACAUUUACUUAGAUCGAAAUUUUUUGACGGUAGUGACUUUGAGUUGGGAAAAAGCAUGGGAAGGUGUCAUCUUAGUUCGCGGGUAAUGAAAUCAACGGAAAUAUCUACCUACUAUUAAAAUCUAUACCGUAAAAAUCAAAGACAACAAGUUAUCAAAAGAUUUGAAACAAAAAAGGGAAAUAAACAUUUUAAACUCAAAACAAAACUGUGAGCGAUUGCAGUGUUGAAACGUGGGCUGUUACAAAAUAGAAGUUCGCACAUAUACAACUGAGAAAAAGUAAACAAAACAAAAUAUUGUGGCAGUCACAUACUUCUAAUUCAUCAUUUCAUUUGUUACAUGGGAAAACAACAACAAUUGUACAUUGCGCACUAAGCCUUAAGCAUUUACAACUUUACAAUUGCCAGAGCAUGAAAGCAUGCCUGUCAAGGAGUAGAUUAGUCCUCGUUUGCGUGGCUGUUAAUGUACCAUUUCAAACUGUAAAUGUCUUAAUAAGAUAAAGCGCGUUGAACGAUCGCAGCUAUUUGACGUACCACUUAAGCCACGGUAGUGAGAAUUUCCUAAAUUUUGCUAUUUCCGAGUUAUCAAUAUUCAAAUACUUUCAAAACUUGUGCAAUUUACACUAAAAUAGUUGGAUUAAUAUAAAAUUUUGCUUUCGGUCAAAAUUUAAGUACUUGUAAAUAUGUAAGACUUUAUUUGCGAAAAUAUAAAUAUUUAUUGUUAUAAACCUUCAAAUGCAGCAUCUAUUUCGGCGUCCGAUAGUCAAAAUUAUCUGUUAUCGUUGGUUGAUUUGUAACAUGUUGAAAAAUGAUUACUAAUACAUUUACAUAUAUAUAUAUAUAUUUACAUACUUUAUGUGGUUCUUCGGCUUGUUAAUCAUUAACUUCACUUCGUUGCGUGCUAUGCAAAGUAAAUAAUACAAUACUACGAACUCUUGACCUUUUCCUAUGUCAGUAACGCCCUUAACGCCCAACCCAGCUUCCAUGUGUCUACCUAUUUCUAACACAACGCUAUAAUUGAAUACGAUCAUAAAUGUUAAUUGUAAUCCUUUAUCCUAACGAUAAAAUGCAUUUAAGGCGGCAUGAAGUCAAACGCCCGUUUUUAUGCUUUAGCUGUAAGUGGUUUGAAUUAAAAAAAAGAUUGUCCCAAGUGUGGAUGAAACAUAAACUACUUUUAAUGUGAAACUUAUGAAGAGCCCCAAAUGAAUUCAAUAGUCGUUACAAGCGACUCUCAGAUAUCAUUGAUUUCUUAAUUUUUAACUAACUAAUACAUUUUUUGAACUUGUGGCGCCCUGACCAAAAGCCACACCGUUGCUGUUGAUAAAUAAAUAAUAAAAAUAAUACUAUUUCACACUCUGGAAAUGGCACAGUACUAAUUUAUAACCAAUAAUAAAUCGUAUUUAAACAUGCAUAACAAAAAGUGCUGGUGCGCUCUCGUUUGUAUUGUAAACUAAAAAAUAAAUACAUCAACCCAAAACACAAACACAUAUAUAUAUAUGUAUAACCAUAAUUUAUGUAUAACAACAACAAAUUACUAAUAACCCUAAAAAUAAUUCUCCACACACUUACCACUCUUUGUUGAGAGUUUGCGAAAUGAAUGCUCCCCGUUAGUUUUUCCAACAUCGGCGGAAGCGGCAGGAGCGGCAGUAGGAGCAACAGGUCGUGAAGUUAUUGUGUGGAGGGAAAAGCACCCGCCGGCGGGUUGAAGGCAUAUGAAAUAUUGAAAUUGAAUAAAUGUGACUAUCAAACGAAAGCGAAAUUUCUAUAAUAAAUAUCUUAAAUUCGUAUUGUCAAGUGACACUUGCUGAAGGUCGCUGUGGCGACUUUCCGUCUCGUUUGCUUUGCGUAAAUCUUAAACAACAACAUUGGAUUGCUCUGAUGUGUUUGAAUAACAACAAAUAUUCACCUAGUAGGGUAUAUACUACAUACACAAACAUACAUAUAUAUGUAUUGAGCAAGAAAACUGUUAUAUAUAUAUAUAUAUAUAUAUAUAUUCGAUAUAUACAUA